ACGCCAAGGCUUGUCAACAUCUCAACGUUGCAUCCCUUAAUUCUCACGUACCUCGUACUGACAUCUGCAACUUUUCUCGUGAACGAUCCCUCAAAUUUCCUGCUUUGAGUUUGAGGUCACAGUGAUACGGAUGUCCCAUAGAAAUGUUCAGCACUCAAGAAUCGUUGCAGCCGAGCCCCCCUCCCUACUCCCAUUCUUCAUCUCUAGCAUAUCUCCUCUUCUGCCUUCCGGCUUCUGUAUCGCGACUGCCGCCUCUCUCGUCUUCUUCGACGUCGAUCUCGCUUUUCUCGUCGGUACAUAACAGAGUACAGCCUGUCCAGUCUGUAGCCGGGCAAGGUUGCGCGCCCAAAGUAUCAUUCGACACCUUCGAAAACCCUGCUGCGUUUAUGCUUUCGUUCACCCUGCACAGUGUAAUCAGAUGGAUACGCCAGAAACAGAGUGACGAGAAUAUUCCUUUGUGCAUCCUGUACGAAAGCUGGCGUUAGGCCCUGGACUAGCCAUUGGAAGCUUGGCGCAGGACAGUGACAAAUUAAUUUAAAAGUGUCGGUCGAUUCAGACCAUUUGCUGAUAAUAAAGUCGUUUGACGCUCAUCGGAGAAUUUUUUUAGAUACGGUGCCA